AUGACCGAAACAACAGGUUACUCCGGCAGUGGGCUUGUCCACCUUAAAAACCCACACUUGGACUCGAUGGAGGAGGACGUUCUGUAUCACUUGGACUUGGGGACGAAGACGCACAACCUGCCGGCAAUGUUUGGGGACAUAAAGUUUGUCUGCGUUGGCGGCAGCCCAAACAGGAUGAAGGCAUUUGCCCAGUUCAUGCACAAGGAGGUGGGACUGGCGGGCGAUGGGGAGGACCUGGCAGACAUCUGCGCGGGGACGGACCACUGCGCCACGUCCCGGGCUGGGCCGGUGCUCUCCAUCAGCCAUGAGAUGGGCAUCCCUUCCAUUUCUAUCAUGCUUCAUGAACUAAUCAAACUGCUGCACCACGCAAAAUGCAGAGAUGUUACUAUUAUACGCAUUGGUACUUCUGGAGGCUUAGGGAUCGAGGCUGGGUCUGUUGUGAUCACGGACACAGCGGUGGACUCCUUCAAGCCACGGUUUGAGCAGGUGGUGCUGGAUGACGUGGUGGUGCGGAGCACUGAGCUGGACAAGGACCUCGCGGAGGAACUACUCGCCUGCAGCAAGGAGAUCCCUGACUUUCCCACGCUCAUCGGCCAUACCAUGUGCACCUAUGACUUCUAUGAAGGUCAGGGGAGAUUAGACAGAGCAUUGUGCUCUUUCUCCAGUGAAAAGAAGUUAGAGUGCUUAAAAAGAGCUUAUGACGCCGGUGUGAGGAACAUUGAAAUGGAGUCCACAGCAUUCGCUGCCCUGUGCAGGCUGUGUGGCCUGAAAGCCGCCGUCAUCUGCGUGGCACUCCUGGACCGCCUGGAGGGGGACCAGAUCCGGGCGCCCCGCGAGGUGCUGCGGGAGUACCAGCAGCGGCCCCAGCGCCUGAUCGCAGCCUUCAUCCGAAAGCGCCUGGGGCCGCGCCCUCCGGCGGGAAACGCGCUUUUCUCCACCGCCGUCAUCUGCGUGGCACUCCUGGACCGCCUGGAGGGGGACCAGAUCCGGGCGCCCCGCGAGGUGCUGCGGGAGUACCAGCAGCGGCCCCAGCGCCUGAUCGCAGCCUUCAUCCGAAAGCGCCUGGGGCCGCGCCCUCCGGCGGGAAACGCGCUUUUCUCCAGCAACUGA